AUGAAAGUCCUUGCUUCUGUCGAUCCACAAUUGAAUUUCAAAGUCGAAUCACGAAGUGUUCACAUAAAGAGUCAACAAAAGCGACGGUUGAACUUAGAAUUACAAGCUUUAAGGCAAUGCGACUUCCGAAAGCUUCAAACAAUCUGCGUUUUAUUUUUUAUACUUUGUAGCUUUAAUGAUUAUCUAAAUAAGUUCUACGGAUCAGGAAAUAUGUUAGUGGUUCAACAAGUUAUCUCUCAUAAGCACUGUUUUGAUGGAGAUUCCGGUUUAAAGUUUUCAACUUGA